AUGCAUAUCUCUAAAACCCUCUUACCAUCACUGCUUGGUCUGUGCCUGAGCACAAAUGCGGCUUGCCUACAGACUCAAGAGUCGGGCUGGCACGGGCCCGGAUUCUACGGACUUAGAAGUCGUGCCACUGGUACCGUCAUCGACUUAUAUCUUGGGGGCGCAGCCGAUGGGACCCCUAUCGUCGGCUGGAAUUCUAAGGGGUGGAACGACCAUCAGACCUGGCUUGUAGCUCAAGUGGACAACAAUGAGUAUGUCAUCUUGAACAAUGGAACGGGGACGGCUAUUAGCGCAAAUGAAGCCCCCAACGGUGUAACGUCCAAGAAAUUCUGCCAGCUAGACGGCAGUAUUCGCUGGAUUGGAACCAUUGAAACAGUCAACGGAGUCGAUUACGCAACAUUUGAGAGCGUCGAGUAUCCGGGUAAUGUCCUCGAUCUGCAAGGUAACGGGGCUGAAAAUAAGGUUCCAAUCAUUACCUACCCGAAGAUGGUGAUUGGAACCAGCAGUGGCAGCUUGUAG